AAAUUUUGUGAUCAUCAGACUUUUUGUGUAAAUUCGAUUUCGGGGGAGUCUGGGUUAUAUACAAUGAAUGGGUUCCCCUUUUGAUCAAUUUCUGUUUUUGGAAAUUCUUCAGGAGGAAGGGGAUUGUGUUUGUGAAAGGAGUGCCUCGUUUGAAUCAUCGAGCUCUGUUUUCCUUCUUGCCCGAGGAAGCUUUAGGGCUUUUUCGGUGGAUCAAGAGGGGAAGGGAGGGUUUACACGUAGUAAAUUGAUUCAUCAGGACUUUUGAUUGAUCGUUUUUUUUUUUUUUGACGAGAAUCUGACAGUAGAGGCAAUGAGCUCAGUCUCGGGUGUGAUCUCGAGGCAAGUUUUGCCUGUCUGUGGUAGCCUUUGCAUUCUUUGCCCUGCCCUCCGUGCAAGGUCUAGACAGCCUGUCAAGAGGUACAAGAAGCUCAUUGCUGAUAUCUUCCCUCGUAAUCAGGAGGAGGGCCCAAAUGACCGGAAGAUAGGAAAACUAUGUGAAUAUGCAGCAAAGAAUGCUGUGCGUAUGCCAAAGAUAUCAGAUUCUCUGGAACAAAGAUGUUACAAGGAAUUGAGGAAUGAGAAUUUUNCAUCAGACUUUUUGUGUAAAUUCGAUUUCGGGGGAGUCUGGGCUUCUGGUCACUUGUAA